UGACAUUCUUUUGUGUCAUGUAGUUACGGUAACCUCAACUAAUGGCGAGAUUGUCUCACAACAUUUUCAUGUGAAAACACUGCAAUAAUCGAAAAAAUUCCACGUAAAAAUGAGUGUUCAAGAUAAAUUUCAGUUAGUAGUUUACGAUGGUGAUUUCUCGUUGCCGUCGGUCGACAUAGAAUGUCUAAAAUCGAUAGUGUAUACGACGAUAGCGGGGGUCCCAGUUCAGGUUCGUCUGCUUGACAGCGUGAAACAAUGUACAUUUUACAGUGCCCCGAGUUUCGUUCAUAAGAAUUUACAGUUCAAAUCAUUCAACGAAAGUGUGUUGUAUCUGCGAACAUUGAAUUAUAACCUAGACGGAAAUCUGACAGCGAAGCAGUGCAGUGAAACUCUUGCGAUAACGAAUUUAGUGCUCUCGAAACUGAAACCUGUGUUGGAGUUCUAUUACUGGGUGGAUCAAAGAAACUCGGAGGAAUUUACUAGUGUGUGGUUUAUGAAAGCUCUCCCGUUUCCCUUCAAUUACUUGCAUACUAGGAGGUUCAAAGAAAAGUCGCUGGCUCUAAUAGAAAGUUUGUACCCAACUGAGACUAAUUUGGAUGUUAUCAAGGAAUUUCUGCAACGAGCAGCCCUCGAGUGUUUGUCAAGUUUGUCUACAAGAUUGGGAAAUUCUGAUUACUUUCACGGUACCGAUCCGACAAGUUUAGAUAUUAUCGUUUAUUCAUAUGUAUCGCCGUUUAUGAAACUUCCUUUCCCGUCCAAUGAUAUUUUGACUAUUCUCACUAUGUGGCCAAACUUGAAGAAUCUAGUGAAAAGAAUUGAUGCCAAGUAUUUUCGAAAUCUUCCUCGUGGACCGAAGUAUCUGAGAGUGGAAGAAAAAGUGAAAACCAGUGAUGAAGAAGUUUCUUAUGUGGCCAUACUAAUUUUGACUCUCAGUGCUACCACAUUAGCAUUAGGAUUUGCAUUCAAUAGAGGGCUCUUUUCCACCAGAGUAUUAUAUUGAAAAGUCAUUUUUGUAGAUAUUUGUUGAACAUUUAUCUGUGUCAUGUUCCAAUAAAGACUGAUAUUAUUGAAA